CACUCAAUCAAUAAUUUAGCAAUAAAGUUGUGGCGCAAGUAUUGUGCCACUCCACACCAUAUAGCGUGUAUGGGCGACGUCACGCGACAGUACAUACACAAAAGGUCCUUAAUGGUACCUGAACAAAAUAAGCCCAACACCCUCAAGUUGAACUGUGUGGCCAGGGAGGCUAGCAGAUACUCAGCCAGAGAUCCCAGAUUAAGAAUCUAAAUUGCCAAAGCCAAAUCUUAAUAAUCAGUAUUAAAUUUUUGCGGUAUUAUUUUGAGUACAAAAAUGGAAUCUAACGAUGCUGUUGUUCUGAGAAAUAGGGCUACCAAAAUCAAAGAUCCCGUUAAGGAUUUUGCUGUUAGAGAGUCCUUGCUAUCAGAAUCAACGUCUGGUAUUUGUAAAGACGAAGAGGAUUCUACUAGUGUUGGUACUACAUCAUUUUCCAGUCCUGAAGUUAGUAAUAAUGAACAAUUUAUUUUCCCCAACAAUAUUAAUGGCACGGCAAACGGUAAGGUAAAAAAAGAUAUAAUUGAAAAACAAAAAUUACUACAACCGAAGCCGCUGAAUAAUCAAGUGAAGAUUACAGAAAAUCCAGCUGUAAUAGAAAUUGAUUUGGAGAAAUUGGAUGGCAAUGAUAAAAAAGUGGCUAUACCGGAUGGAGGUUGGGGGUGGAUUGUAGUACUAUCCUCAUUCAUAAUAUCUAUGAUUGCUGAUGGAAUUAGCUUCUCCUUUGGACUACUAUACAUAGAGUUUUUAGACGAAUUUGAGUCUAGUAAGUCCACAACUGCAUGGAUCGGAAGCUUGUUUAUAGCUGUUCCACUAUUAUCAGGGCCUAUCAUGAGUGCUUUAGUGGACAGAUAUGGGUGUCGAAGCAUGACUAUUUUAGGAGGCAUUGUUUCAACACUCGGAUUUGUUCUAGCGUCAAUAUCGACUACGAUUGAAAUGAUGAUGUUAACCUUUGGUGUGAUAGCUGGAUUGGGUCUUGGAUUAGUGUAUGUCACCGCGGUAGUAUCAAUAGCUUAUUGGUUUGAGAAGAAGAGGAAUUUAGCUGUUGGACUUGGGGCAUGUGGUACAGGAGUUGGCACAUUUAUUUAUGCUCCAAUGACCCGAUACUUCAUUAAGGAAUACGGAUGGAGAGGAACAAUACUUCUGCUUUCUGGAACUCUUCUUAAUUUAUGUGUAUGCGGAUGCGUGAUGAGAGAUCCGGAAUGGUGGACACUGGAACAGAAGAAACAGAAGAAUAAUGAAGAUAAAGUGAGAAAAGAAGAUGACAAAUCUAAAAACUCUAGUUCAACUUCUAUUAUUAAUCCAUACGCUUUUGAUUUCGAUGUUGCUACGAGGGGGAAGAGUAUGGAUGGAUUGAUCCGUAGAGGGUUGGCACCUGAAAAAGUGAUAAGUCAAGAGGCAGCGAGUAUUCGGCGUCAUCAGAACCUGUUGCUGUACAAGAAAAGGCAAUACAAACUAAAACAGAGAUCACGCUCCGUUGUUAACUUGCCCACGUAUCUGACUUACAGCGAUAAGAUAUCAAUGACGAUGCUCGAUGUCAUUGUGAAGACUGCAAGCAAAGAAUAUGACAUAGAAGUGAAGUAUCCAGCAUUCGCCAUAUGUCGCAAUUCCCGUAGAAAACUUCCAGAUGUUUCUAUAGAUGAUAAUGACCCGCCUGUAGUUACAUAUAAAAAGUCCACUUUACAACGAACGAAUUCUGAGAAAUAUGAUUUUAAAGAUGACAGAGAGUAUGAAAAUUACCAACUGAAGAAUCCUAGACAAGGUUACCCGUUGACUAAGUCUAAAUCUGACAAUAAUAAAGAUAGUAAACCGCUUAUAAAGCAGGACAGUAAAGAAAACAAACGCGAUUGGCUGAAGAAACAGCUGUCGGUGAAUCAUCACUAUUUGAAAGACUUAAAAAUGCCAAUAAAUUCUAUAAGUCAUAGAAAUGCAAUACUAAAUACAAAAAGGUACAGGUUGAAGGCAUCCUCUUGUCCGGAUAUAUUUAAGAACUCUAUGAUAACAAUUGAUGAAAAAGAAGAGAAAUGGUACGACGACUGCCUCAGCUGCCUCUCCGAUAUGUUCAACGUCUCUCUCUUCAAGAAGAUGACAUUCAACCUCAUGUGCUUCGGGACCAUAAUUCUGUUCACUUGGUUCAUUGUACCGUACUUUUAUUUAGCCGAGCAUAUGAUACAAGAGGGUUACAGCGAAGAUGACGGCGCAGAUAUGCUUAGUUUAAUAGGCAUCACUAACACUAUUGGAAUGGUUGGUCUCGGCUGGAUUGGAGAUUUUCCACAAGUUUCCAUUGGCAACCUGUAUGCAGUAUGCUUGGUACUAUGUGGUGCUUCGGUCGCAGCUCUACCAUUAGCUGCACACGAUUAUUGGAUUCUAGCAUCUGUAUCCGCAGCAUUUGGUCUACUUUUCGCUGCCUCUUUCACAUUCACACCAAGUUUAUUGGUGAAAUUGGUGUCUUUGGAUGAUUUCACUUCAGCUUAUGGAUUGGUCUUGUUGGCUCAAGGGAUUGGACAUCUUAUCGGUCCACCGUUGUCUGGAAUGAUAUACGACUUGACCUUCUCGUGGGAGCUGUCGUUCUACCUCGCCGGGGGCUGGAUUGUUGUUUCUGGAGCGUUGAUAUCCCUCAUACAACCAGUACGUUCCUAUCAGCAGCGCCGCGAUGACAAAUUGGAGAAAGACAGUAACUCUAGCGUAGCAUAGACGGACAUUCGAAUUAUAUUGUUCUUUUAAGGCCUAAAUUAAUGGAGAAUAUAUAUUGUUGAUUUAAAUAGACAAACUUAC